AUGAGUUUAAAUUUUGAUAUAAAUUUUAAGGCAUAGCAGCAGCAUUCAAAGGCUGAAAGAGGCACAAUAACUUUCGAGAAUAAUAAGGAGAGGCAAUUUAUAAUUUAAACAUGGAAAGGAAAGGUUGUUAAAAAAUCAAAGUUAAGUUGUCCAAAGGAUAGUUUAUAAACUCCAAGUAUAAAUGCGACAAAAUAAAUCCUUUUUGGUCAUCAGAAAUCUAUCAACCUCACUUCUUAACGUUCUACUCAAGUAUCAACUGAGAAAGGUUUAUUUAAUGACAAAUUCAUCAAUUAAAAUCAAGAAAGAGCUAAAAUUUUGCAAAAAUUAUAGGACAUACGUCUGUAAAAUGUAUUAACGAUGUAAAAAAAUAAAUCAUCAAAUGAUCUAUACGUGGAGUACUUAUAGGAAUAAAAUAAAAGUGUUGAUACUUAAAAAGUAAAUAUAAGUGAGAAAUUAAGAUAGUAUUCAUAUAAUUUAUAAGCAAAGCUGCCAAAAUGAAAUAGAUUAACAAAAAUAAUGCUUAAUUAAAGAUGAGAUAAACUUAUAAGAGAGGCAAAAGGAAUUAGAAGUUUUGAAAGAACAGUUAAAAAUUGUGAAAGAUUCGAUAUUAUAAAUAAAAAAUUAAAAUGUAGACCGAACGAAAGAAAUAACUUGUAAAAUGUAAAUAAACCAGGUCAAAGAAAAAUAAUUACUUACUUAAAUUGUACACUAUAUUGAGUCUUUGCAAGAAUAAUAUAGCAAUCAUUUGUAUGAAUUUAAAGAUUACUUACUAUAAUUAAGAAAUGAUGUUAAUUAAAUAAGAAUGGAUUAAGAUAAUGAUAUAUAUUAAUGA